CGCAGGAGCAAGAAGAAUCCAACGCAAUGCAUAUAAUUGAAGUAGAAGACGAAGGGAAUGGUUGCACAAAAAAGCCAAAUUCUUGUUGAAGCUUUACAGAAGAAGACUCUCUUUUCCUUCACCAAAAUCUCACACUGGCGUUGCAUUCAUUCAUUCAUUCGUCUUUUUUGCUUCAUUUUAGUUCUCUCUGUCAAAACUAAGUCUUUCCCUGCCCUAAUUUCUGUAUUCGAACAAUUUUUCCUCUCUGGUGUUGUGCCCGAUUCGUUUCUCUUUCCCUCACCGGUUAAUUUGCGCGAUUGUGCAUGUGAGAUUCCCAGUUUCUUAUCGCAGAUCUUGGUGUCGGUGUCUGUGGUAGAGGUAACGGCAGUUGGGAUUCUGCGAAAGAAGGGUUAGGUGACGGUCGAUCGGCGAACAUGUCUCCGUCUAAUUAUUUGCAGAAUGGAAGUGGAUGCGGAGGUAACGGACGCAAUUGGAUUGAGCAUCCGGUUUCCAAAUUGGACACUCUCGCCGGCGUGGCCAUCAAGUACGGUGUCGAGGUGGCUGAUAUCAAAAGGAUGAAUGGACUAGCCACAGAUCUUCAAAUGUUUGCACUGAAGACUCUGCGUAUACCACUGCCAGGAAGACAUCCACCCUCUCAUAGUCCUCCCAAUGGAGCUGCCAAUUCUGGAGACUACAGUCCUGAAAAGAGACGUCCACAUUCAGUUCGAUCUAGUACACAGGAGCCUUUCCAGUCCUUAAGAUUGAAAGCAACCCGGGAGAAGACUUCUUCGGCUAUGGCUAAUCUACAAGCAUACUAUGGACUCAAAUCUUCAAAUCCAAGGAGCCAAAAUGUAGAAACCGAAAUGGUUGUUUAUAGAUCUGCUAGUGGAGAUGAGCUCAGAGAUGAUUGGCUCCCCAAAGCCUCUCCAGUUUCAGAGAUGCCAUCAAACCAAAAUCACAAGUCAAGAAAUUUUGAAUAUGAUUUGCUGAUUGGGGAUCGAGGAGCGACUCAGUAUCAUGUAGAGAUUGAGGAUGGGGGAGGUGACAAGUCUGAUGAGAAAUCUGUCCGUAGACGUCAGAAGGCUGAAGUUGACAGUGGUUCUGAUACCACUGACAUGCUUUUAAAACGAGAAAGCAGUGCCUUCUCUUCAACAGGAAAGGGUCAGGCCAUGAAGCCAAAAUCAGCCAGCCGGGCGGUGUUGUUUCCUGAGACUGAGUCAGGAUGGUUAGAUUCUAUUCCAAUGGGUCUGGGAGAAUCUAUAAUAACUGAUGUGCUUUCUGGGGUGCGUAAAUCGUUAAGUGCGUCAAGCCUCAAAGAUCAGGAAAAGAGUGACUCAGCCACGGUCUGGCCAACUGGAAGAUGGAAUUUGAAAUCAGACUUGCAAGCUCUUUCAAGUGCAGCCAUUGCCAAUCCUAUUUUCAAUGGCUUACCUAUCCCAAUAUCUGGACGCAGGAACAAAGCAGCCCGUGAUUAGGACAACUCGAAUCCAUUCUUGUAUGCAAUCUACUUUUUGACAUCACAAACGUUAAUAGCUUACAGAUUAAAUGUUCUGGGCGAGUAAGCCUGAGCAGAAAGGAAAGAGAAAAGCAAAGUAUACAGUUAGGAUAUUUAUUUCAGGCGCAGAAGAACAAGGUGCCAAUGACCACCCAGAAAGUGAUGCUGCAGAGGCUGCUGCUGGGGCAAAUGUGCUUGGCAAAUAAAGGACUCUUAGUUCAAGUGUACAAUUGUAUAAUGGUAGCUCCAACUUGGGUUAGGAGUUCACUUACUGGUUGAAGAGUUUCACAUUGUCUAGUUCUUGUCUCACUGCGGCAUUCUUGUUGAAUUGUUCCCUAUGUAUUAUGAUUUUAUUUCUUUAAGAGACCCAUUUUAUCAGCAUUGCACGUUAUGAUGAUUGGGCCGUAACAUUCUGAUAUAUACACACACAUACACAAAGACCCUGUUUCAUGGGCAUUAAUUUAUGUUAGAAUAUGUGCCAUUGUAUUA